AUGCUGCAGACGCGCGCUGGCACAGACAGCCUGACAGCGAUGCUUCGCGCGGCUGUGGAGCUAGACCCCGAGACCUCGGUCAUUUCUUUCGAUGAGCGCGUAUACUACGUCGUCACAACGUCGGCGCGGCUUGAGCAUCUUCUUCAGGUCGUCCCCCAGGAGUUCCAAAACGCGCGUUUACAACGCGGCCGGUGGGCCAGCCUGCCACCGGAACAGCGCGGGUCUGUCGCGCUCGGCGUCCCCGCAGCUCAGGCAGAGUCCCGUUUUGUUGCCGCCUUCUGCAAGAGAUUGCGCGGCUGCCUGACCUCCAAUGCGCCCACAGAGCUAACGAUUUGCCACCGUGACAGCAGCUGCGUUGUCUCCGCAAAGACGGGGUAUUUGGAUUGUCACCAAAUGUCACGAGAACCAUGGCGGGCGCCCGCAAAAAGUGCUAUCCGCGACCUGCAAGCAGACCUCGGCCCCGACGAGCAAGCCAUGGCAUACCUCGAUGAUGCGUACAUAUCGGCCCCGCCCCACCGCGUGACGCAGCUCUACCACCGCUUAGAGGCUCAUUCCACUGCGGCGUGCCAACUCCGACUCAACCCUGCCAAGACCCGCGUGUGGAAUAGCGGAGGGGCCUAUCCCGAGGGUGUCCAGUCACUUGCCCCCGACAGCGAGGUUUGGGUUGGCGAUCGGGCCCUCGCAUCGAACCAGUGUGGAAUCGUUGCACUUGGCAUACCCUUAGGCACACCAGAGUUUGUCGCCGCACACUUGGUCGCCCUGAGUUCUGUCUGA